AUGUCAUUCUUAAGGGCAAAUGGUCACUCCCUGAGAAAUAUAUGUUGCGCACUUCCGUGUGAGGUUGCCAAUUUAAAAAAUGCUUCUGUAUCUUUUCAGAUCCGCAGGAAGAUGAGGGAGAUCAUGACUAACCAUGCUACAUCCUGUGACUUGAAAGAAUUGGUCCGCAAGUUUCUCCCUGAGGUGAUUGGAAAGGAUCUUGAGAAGGCAACAUCUAGCAUCUAUCUUCUGCAAUAUGUGUUCAUUCACAAAGUCAAGAUCUUGAAGGCUCCUAAGUUUGAUCUUGGAAAACUAAUGGAGGUUCAUGGUGACUAUUCGGAAGAUGUUGGUGUGAAAGUAGACAGAACUGUAGAUGAGACGAUGGCUGAGGCUCCCACCGAAAUCUUCGGAGCUUAA